AAGGCCAGGUUUCAGGCAGAUAAUUUAGUCUUAAGCAUUUAUGUGUUCGAAUGAGUUACAAACUUUUUACGAUAUUUGAUAAUUUCGAAUAAAUUGAGCAUUGGGCAGAUUGUUAUAUUUUUACGUGGUGUAGUGUAGAGUACAUAAAUCAAUGACAGAACACAAAAAUCCUACAGAUAUCAAUGAAGUAUUACCUCCGUCUUUAGCUGCUGUUAGAGAGAUAUUUUCGGAGUUUAACGUCUCGGAAGUUUCCGAUGAAAUAUGUACACGGGUUUUGGACGUUUUGUAUAGACACACAUGUGAUGUCAUCGAAGAGGCAAAGGCUGUUUCUCAUCAUGCCGGUCGACCGAAAAUUGAGGAAGAUGACGUACAACUAGCCAUCAAUUCAGUCACAGAUGGACUUAUGUUCGCACCACCAUAUAGAGAUCAGUUACUAGCUUAUGCUGAGAAAAAUGAACAGCCACUACCAGCUGUUCGUCCUCAUUGUGGCAUUCGUUUACCCGCUGAACGCUUCACACUCACAGCUCCAAAUUAUUCACUUUUACCAUGUGCAGAGAACGCAAAAACAAAUCCUUCAUCUGAACUCGCUGGGGAUUCUUCGAUGACACUUCACAUAUCCAACCCGGUUAAUCCUACCAAAAAUAUAUUUAGAGCUAUUAAUCCUUCAACCAGACCAAUUACUGUUGGUAAUCCUAUGGGACCAUCUGUUCAUGUUAUUGCCGCUCCUGGAAUGGGACCUUCUAUGAUUCGUGUUCAAACUGUCCAAAAUGUUGCUCAAUUGUCCAGUGUAGAUACCAGCACUGGCUUACGAACACUUCCCGUCGGCCCUACAGUAUCCAGUGUUAUGUCUUUGAAUCGACGUUACAUGGACACAUCAUAAUUCAUUUUGGCAGUUACUGAUGAUAAACUUCCAUGACUUUUUUGGCUAUGAACUCUAAAUUAGGAUCCUUAAUACCAUUUCAGUGAUGAAUUUUUCAGUCCAUUAUUUUCUUUUAUCAUCAUGUAUAUAGUGUUCAAUUGUAUAUAAACUUUUGUAACUUUUUGGUUUCCCUUUUUUAAUUUGUUACUCAGCUGUACAUAUACAAAACUUAGAAUUUAACUGAUUUGAGUAAAUUGACCAGUUAGAGGAUGAAGUUUCCCGGAAUAAAAUGUAGAAAAGAAAACUGUGUAAGCAUGCAGUUCCAAAUGCAUUUAGCCGUGAAUAAGUUUAUGAGUACAUUGAACGAUUAUGGUAAUAAAACGAUUUAAUUCCCAAUAAUUCCUGCUGUUUUAUUCUUAAAACAAUCCUUUUAUUUCUACACAUACUAAUCUCAUAUCUUCAGUAUUGAGAGGUCUAUAGAAAACAUUGAGGUAGCAGCAAUUGUCCGUUUCUGAUUUUUAAUAAGUCAACUGUUUUAAAAACGUUUUGGAUCUGC